UUCCUUCCAUUAUUAAGACUCAAAAAAAAUUAUCCACACUUUACACCUGUUCAUCCUAUAAAGUUGUCCUAUAUAAGCAACUGCCUCCAAAGGGACUUCAAUUCAUUCAACUCCAACAAACAAAACACACACACACACACACAAACUCUCAACCAAAAGCUCUAUGGCACAAACUACUUCCACUCUAUUCAUUCAAGAAUUCAUGAAGAACUUCCACUACUCAAGAAGACUGCUCCUGGAGGCCACCGUGGCGCCGCCUCCGGCAGCCAAAAUCAGCCAUGACACAACUGAUCUAGUAUCACUUAGUAACAACGUCAACACAUUUGAUGCAAAUGUUAUUAUGGUCUUGGCCGUACUUGUAUUUGCCUUGAUUUGUUCACUUGUCUUCAACUCCAUCAUAAAAUGUGCAUUUAGGUGCUCUAGCCUAAUAUUGGCAGACUCAUUCUCGAACCAUAGAAAUCCUUCAGCAGCAAAGCUAGCCAAUACUGGGAUCAAGAAAAAAGCCCUCAACACAUUUCAAAUUAUAACAUAUACCACUGAAUUGAAAUAUCCGGGGGUUGGCACUGAGUGUGUAAUUUGCUUAUCAGAAUUUGGAGUUGGAGAGAAAGUUAAGGUUCUGCCCAAGUGCAACCAUGGGUUCCACGUCAAAUGUAUCGGUAAAUGGCUGAAUUCCCACUCUUCUUGUCCUACUUGUAGGCACUGCCUUAUCGAAACUUGCCAAAAAAUUGUAAACGGAGACAGUUUUGUUGCUACAACUGUAAUUCCAAACACUAGCAAUACUUCAUCAGCACCAGUACUUCAAGAAAUUGUAAUACGGAUUGAACCUCUCCAACGUGAAGGUGUUAUAAUCAACAAUCAAAAUUAGGUAGAACAACUACUGUCUAGUCUUUAGUUGAUUGGUAUGUAUCACACAUUAAUUCAAUUGUUUCUUUUCUUGCUGGAAAAGUUAUAGCUAGCUGGCUUGAGGCGAAUGCCCAUGUAGUUUUCAAAUGAUUAAUCAUUAGUCUUGCAAGUU